AUGGCGUCGCGUCCGUCGCUGAAGUCGAACCCCAAGGGCAAGGGCGGGAAGAAGGGCGCCGCCGCCGACGAGGACGCCACCGCGGCGGCGACCACGGUGCGGCUCGUGAAGGAGUGGACAACGUGGACGAUGAAGAAGGCCAAGGUGGUGGCGCACUACGGCUUCAUUCCGCUCGUCAUCGUCAUCGGCAUGAACUCCGAGCCCAAGCCCUCCGUCUUCCAGCUCCUCUCCCCCGUCUGA